AUGUCAUCUUUGACAAUGAAAACCCGUUGUCUGGACAAAAGAGGAAGUUUCUUUAAGCUCAUUGACACAAUUGCCUCAGAAAUCGGAGAACUGAAACAGGAGAUGGUACAGACAGAUCUUACAGUGGAAGAUGAAGCUGCUGAUUUGCGAAGCCUAAUAAAGGACAUGGAUAAUGUCUCUCCUGAGAAAAAUGAUGUAAAAAGCUGCCCUCGGGACUCUGGAUAUGACAGCCUAUCCAACAAGUUAAGCAUAUUGGACAAGCUCCUUCAUACUCACCCUGUGUGGCUGCAGCUGGGUUUGAAUGAUGCUGAAGCCAUGGCAAUUCUGCAGGCUCAGCCUCCUGGGAUAUUUCUGGUUAGGAAAUCUGCAAGACUGCAGAAGAAAGUCAUCUCUCUGCGUCUGUCCGCUGACUGUGGGUCCUGCCUGAAAGAAUUUGCCAUAAAAGAAAGCACAUACACAUUUUCCUUGGAGGGGUCUGGAAUAAGUUUUGCUGAUUUAUUCAGACUCAUUGCUUUCUACUGUAUCAGCAGGGAUGUCCUUCCAUUCACACUGAAGUUGCCUCAUGCAAUUGCUACAGCAAAGACAGAAGCUGAACUCGAGGAGAUUGCUCAGCUUGGACUCAACUUUUGGAGCUCCCUGGCUAACAGCAACCCCCUGGAUCCUUCACCUCCCUGCAGGCCUGUGCCUUUGGACAGUGCUUGUAAAGACUCACGCCAGCUCUGCCUUAUAAAUGGAGCACAUUCUAUACGAACCAGAACGCCUUCAGAGCUGGAGUGCAGCCAGACCAACGGAGCGCUGUGUUUCAUUAAUCCCCUCUUCUUAAAAGUGCACAGCCAGGAUGUCAGUGGAAGUCUGAAAAGGCAGAGCCCAAGAACUCAAGACGUGAAUGGCACAGCGAGGCCUCGUUCCCCCCCCCCCCCUGCCAUUAAUAGCACCCUCACGAGCCCACAGCUUUCCAGGACUAUAAAGCAGCCGAGCAUGCCAGAAACAGUCAACCAUAAGAAAGAGAGAGGCUUGGAUUUGCUGCAGCACAAGCCAACCCCGAUUCCGCCUCCUCGGCUGAAGAAGCAAGCUGUUUGCUCCGAGGCGGAAGGCAGCUCAAAGACUGCAGCAGCGAUUCAGCCUGGCUCGGCGCGUGUGCCUGAAGCAGUUGUUGUUCCAGGUGAAACCCUGCCUGAGCCUGCUCCAGCAGCUGCCAAAAAGACGACAGCUACCAUCUCUGAGUCACACAUACCCUGGAAUGGAGGCAGGCAGAGACUGAGCGACAUGAGCAUUUCCACCUCCUCGUCUGACUCGCUGGACUUUGAUCGGAGCAUGCCGCUGUUUGGCUAUGAGGGGGACACUAACAGCAGCCUGGAGGAUUUUGAGGGAGAGAGCGACCAGGAGAGCAUGGCACCCCCUUUGAAGCCCAAGAAGAAAAGAAGCAGUUCGUUCGUUCUCCCCAAGAUUGUGAAAUCUCAGCUACGGAAAGUCAGUGGAGUUUUCAGUUCCUUCAUGACCCCUGAAAAGAGGAUGAUUAAGAAAAUUGCAGAGCUGUCCCGGGACAAACGCACUUAUUUUGGAUGCUUAGUACAAGACUAUGUCAGCUUUCUCCAAGAAAACAAGGAGUGCCAUGUCUCGAGUACCGAUAUGCUGCAAACGAUUCGGCAGUUCAUGACCCAAGUUAAGAACUAUUUGUCUCAAAGCUCCGAACUUGAUCCCCCAAUCGAAUCAUUAAUUCCUGAGGACCAAAUAGAUGUUGUCCUGGAGAAGGCCAUGCAUAAGUGCAUUCUGAAGCCGUUGAAGGGUCACAUUGAAGCGAUGUUGAAAGAGUUUCAUACCACAGAUGGUUCCUGGAAACAGCUCAAGGAAAACCUGCAGCUGGUGCGGCAGAGGACUCCUCAGGAACUGGGCGUGUUUGUUCCGACACCAGACUUCGUGGAUGUUGAAAAGAUUAAAGUCAAGUUCAUGACUAUGCAGAAGAUGUAUUCACCUGAAAAGAAAGUCAUGCUGCUGCUGAGAGUUUGCAAAUUGAUUUACACUGUUAUGGAGAAUAACUCAGGGAGGCUGUAUGGAGCUGAUGACUUCUUGCCUGUGUUGACAUAUGUGCUAGCCCAGUGUGAUAUGCUGGAACUGGAUACUGAAAUUGAAUACAUGAUGGAGUUGCUGGAUCCAUCUUUGCUGCAUGGAGAAGGAGGCUAUUACUUGACAAGCGCUUAUGGAGCACUUUCACUGAUCAAGAAUUUCCAGGAAGAACAAGCUGCCCAACUGCUAAGUUCAGAAGCCAGAGAUACUCUCCGGCAGUGGCACAAGAGGAGGACAACUAACAGGACGAUACCUUCAGUUGAUGAUUUUCAGAACUAUCUUCGUGUUGCAUUCCAGGAAGUUAACAGUGGAUGUACAGGAAAGACCUUACUAGUAAGACCAUAUAUCACUACCGAAGAUGUAUGUCAGCUUUGUGCUGAAAAGUUUAAAGUGGACAAUCCAGAAGAAUAUAGCCUGUUCCUUUUCAUUGAUGACACCUGGCAACAACUGACAGAGGAUACCUACCCUCAGAAAAUUAAGGCGGAGUUGCACAGCCGUCCGCAACCCCAGGUCUUCCACUUUGUCUACAAGCGCAUUAACAGUGACCCAUAUGGUGCCAUUUUUCAAAACAGUGAUGACUCAGCUGCUUAAAACCAGCAACUUGGCAUUUUAAUUUCUGUGCCUUGUUAACUGUUGAAAACAUCUUUGUUGGCUGCCUUCCCUAAGAGCCUAAAAUGUGUCUUAAACCAUAAGUGCCUAGUAAAAUGCGUGCCAGCACUUGUAGCAUUGCUUACAAAA